AUGCCUGCUCAAGACAAAUCUCCGCCUGCCUCUCCAUCAGAAAGCCCGACAUCCACAUCCAUAUCAAAUGGCACCCAAACGCCACUCUCCCUUGACCUUUCCGCUCUUCCUCCAUUGAUUACACCCUCGCCGCCGUCAAAUACACUCCUUAUAACGAAUCUCAACUCCCUCGCAACAUUCCUCCCCCAAAACCUGCAGCACAUUCACACCCUCCUGAGCACGCCCACGCCCCUCAACUCCUUCUCCCCCCUCCGCUCCUUCCGCCGGAUCAUAGUGUCCUACCCUACCGUUGAAGCCGCGAUUGAGAUUCGGCAACUGCUCGACGGAUCGCCACUGAGUGAGAAUGACAGGGUACGCAUAUACUUUGGAGAACCGACACCUAUACUGGGCGAUGGAGGGGAGGAUCAGCACCUCAAAGCGCCGAGUUUGGGGAAGUUACUGUUCAUCAGUCCGCCGCCGAGUCCGCCUGCCGGAUGGGAAAUCAGAGAAGAGGAACCGCCGAACAAAGAUGUUCAUGCUGAGGAUCUACAACGAGCGCUGGCGGGGCUGGGUAAUCAUGGGAAGGAGAGGAGGGCGAGUGCGGAUGAUGCGGGGAGUCCAAUGAGCGAGGAUGAAAAGGAGGAGUUACAGGGAAAUCGGAAAAGGAGUGGGACGGGGAGCAUGAUGGUUUACCAUCCGAAGCACCAUGGGGAUAACGAGAGUUUACCUGCGGUGAUGGUGAUAGACACUACUGCCGGUGCAGAGGAGGAAGGUCAGGAAAGCCCCGGGAGCUCGAGUCCUGUGGAUGGACGGGGCCAGGGAGGAGGACGGAUACUAACGCAUACAGCGAGGCCGCCUGUGGAAUUGAUGGAAGACACUUGA